AUGCCCAGCCCAGGCGGCUCCUACUCGCAGCUGCGCACCUACGCCAUGAUGGACCCGCUCAAGAUCCCCGACGCCAUUCGGCUCUGCCACACCGACACCUCCAUCACGAUCCACGACAAGUGGCCGAAGGGCAUGUACCACGCGCUGGUCCUCCCGCGCGUCCUGCCGCCCUACACCAUGCACGACCUCGCGGACCUGCGCACCGUGCUCGCGCUCCCGCGCGCCCAGGCGCACGCGCUGCUCCUGGGCCUGAAACGCGACGCGCUCGAGGCGAAGAAGGUCAUCGAGAACGAGAUGGAGCUCACGCACAGUUUCGCGUGGGAGAUCCGCAUGGGCUUCCACGCGCUGCCCUCGGUGGAGCAUUUGCAUUUGCACCUCAUCUCGAGCGACAUGAUCGGCGAGGCGUUCAAGACGAAGAAGCACAUGAACUCGUUCCAUCCGAAGAUGGGCUUCUUUCUCGAUAUUGACGAGGUCCUUCGGUGGUUCGAGCCGGACAUCGAGCCGUCCUGGUUCGCUAUGGUCGCAGCGCUUGACAAGAAAACGUAUGCGCCCAUCCUGAAAGAGGACAUGCGGUGCCCCAUUUGCGAGGCAACACACGCGACCGUCCCGAAGCUGCGCAAGCACCUCACCGCGCACUUCCAGAAGAUGAAGGACGAGGCGACGGAGCGCGAGCUCGCGAAGCUCAUGGCUAUGAACUACGACGACCCCAACCUCCUGCAGGUCGCCCCGGAGCCUGAUGAGCCAACGGAUGCUGCGGCGGAGGGAGAGGGAGAGGCUGAUGCUGCUGAGAGCAGCACCUCUACGGAAAACGGCUUGAAGCGCAAGCAUGGCGAGGGCGAUGGGCCGGAGGUCAUUGACGUUGAUGCCCUGCCCGAGCCGCCGCAGGCGAAAAGGCAGCAAGUUGCGGCUCCCAGUGACUCGUAA